GUUUUUGUUUUUAUUUAGGGUAGUUUCAAUGACCUUCACCUUUACUGAAAAACGAAGAGAAGAUGGCAUCUUCGGUACUUUUUCGCUGUCUAGGUCGAGGAGGAUCAGUGAUCUUCAAAGCACAAAUUUCACCAUCUCUUCUACGAGCAAGUGUUCCCUCAAAGACAAUAUGUCUAACACCAGCAGCAGCAUCGUCUAUCCCGGUUCCUGAGUACUUCAGAGCCCGCAGAGGACCUUAUACACCCGAGGAAAAGCAAGGAAAGCACAUGAUGUUUGCAUCCACCCACUGGAAGGUUGAGCGAGUGUUGGCCGUCAGUAUGAUAGCCAUCAUGCCCUCCGCAUUUUUCUUCCAGGGGCCUGUUAUGGACUUUGUCUUCACCACUUCAAUCUUUAUGCAUGCUUUCUGGGCGUUUGACCACGUGAUGUCAGAUUAUGUGCAGAAAUUCUUCCCCCCCGUCCACAAGAUUUGGUACCUUAUUUCAAUUGUGGCCUUCGCUGGACUCAUGAAUUUCAACUAUAAUGAUGUUGGCGUCACAACGGCCAUUGCCAUGCUGUGGAAAUUGUAAAUUUCACUAUGAAAAUUAAAUGAUACAUUUAAAAAAAACAGUGAAAAAUUUUGUUGAUUUUUUUUUAAUAAUGUAAGUUUUCCAUCAAAGAUUUGUCAUGUUUUUGCUAUAUUUUUGACAGGAAGAAAUUAAAAUAAUGUAUUGUUAAGACUUGUUGAAGUUUUAUUCUAAAAAUAAUUACAGUUACAUAAUGAAGAAGCAGCUUUUAUUUCCAUACACAUAAAUAUAUUUAUGUAUAGAAGACAAACUCUUAGGUAAUUUGUAGUAUUUUUUCUGUCCUUAAGUUCCUGUUUUUCAUUCAGACCAUCAAAAUAAAUCCCUGUUAAAAUGGUUAAAUAAUCAUGGCUUAAAAAUACUGGUUAUAAAAAUAUGUCUUUGUGAUCAUUCUUGUGCUUGUUAAUGUAGAAAGUUAACAAAAAGCUACCCCCUGUUCAAAAGAACAUUAUUGUAAUUACAUGGUUUUGUUGUUUAACAUUUAUAUUGUAAUGUGCUGGUGCAUUUAAUGUGCUUGAAUUAAUUGCCAUGAUAAGCUUUUCUGAUGUAAUAAAACUGCAAUGUGAGUCUUUUUUCUGCCUGGUUACAUAUUAAUUUCAAUAUGUGUCUUGUAUUCUAAAUAUAAGAACUUGUACCUUGUUACUGAAAUAAUGCUAACUUGCUGAACAGUUACUCACUUAUUUUGAGUAAAGCUGCUAUGACAAAUGUUUUAAUAUCCAGACCCAUAACAAAUGCUGUAAAGAUUUUCCCUUUGGUAAUAGUGCUAUAAAUAUUUUUUUUUAUUUUCUGAUUGUGUAGCUUAUUUUUGUCUGCAGUCUUUAUCUGAUUCAGUUGUAUUUAAAUAAAUAUUUCAUAAAUAUA